AAGCACCCACGUGGGGAGAAGAGCAGGGGCGCCCCCUGAUGACGUGUUUACGGGUGCCGGGAGGAGAGGCGCAUGCGUGGUGGGAGCCGGUGCACGGUCGGUGGGUGGCUGCAGCAGUGCGGCGCGAGGGUGAGCGCGGUGCUGUUGGCCAGGACCAGUUGGGCAGAGCAUACAACAGAAGGAAUGACUGUGAACACUCCAGCGCUCUGUUUCAGAAGCAAGAAUAUUCUUGCUCCCAUGGUGCGGGUUGGAACAUUACCAAUGCGUCUUUUGGCUUUGGAUUUUGGUGCUGAUAUUGUGUACUGUGAGGAGCUGAUUGACAUAAAGAUGGUGCAGUGCAAAAGAGUUGUAAAUGAGGUACUUGAAACAGUGGACUUUGUAGCUCCUGACGAAAGAGUUGUUUUCAGAACGUGUGAGAGAGAGAGAGAUUGUGUUGUCUUUCAAAUGGGAUCAGCAGAUGCUGAGAGAGCCUUGGCUGUAGCCAAGCUUGUAGAGAAUGAUGUAGCUGGGAUUGAUGUCAACAUGGGCUGUCCAAAAGAAUAUUCUACUAAGGGAGGUAUGGGAGCAGCGCUGCUGUCUGAUCCUGACAAAAUUGAGUGUAUUCUGAGUACCUUGGUUAAAGGAAUUUGUAAACCGGUGACCUGCAAAAUCCGGAUCUUGCCUUCACUUGAAGACACUAUAAGCCUGGUGAAGAGGAUAGAAAAGAGUGGUGUUGCUGCCAUUGCAGUCCAUGGAAGGAAAAAGGAGGAGAGGCCUCAACAUCCUGUCCACUGUGAAGUGAUCAAAGCCAUCUCUGAGGCAGUCUCUGUUCCUGUAAUAGCAAAUGGAGGAUCUCAUGACUUCAUCAAAGAAUAUACUGACAUUGAAGCCUUCCAACAAGCAGCAGGUGCUUCAUCAGUAAUGAUAGCUCGUGCUGCCAUGUGGAACCCAUCCAUCUUCAGAAGAGAAGGCCUUUGUCCCUUGAAGGAAGUCAUGCAAGAAUACAUCAAAUAUGCAGUGAGAUAUGAUAAUCACUAUACCAACACAAAGUACUGUCUAUGUCAGAUGUUAAGAGAACAGUUAGAAACCACAGAGGGAAAGAAACUGCAUGCUGCACAGUCGACUCAAGAAAUCUGUGAAGUCUUUGAAAUGGGCAGUUUCUAUGAAGAAACAACAGCUAUUCUGGAAGCUAAGGCAUCAUUAAAGGCCAAGACACAAGAUAAAGAUGAGCAGAUGGAAGACACAGAUGUGAUAAAAAUGGCUGUUAGAUUUGACAAGCGAGAAUAUCCACCACAGAUUACUCCAAAAAUGUAUCUUUUGGAAUGGUGUAGGAAGGCGAAACACCCACAACCUGUUUAUGAAACCGUUCAAAGACCAUUAGAUAAAUUAUUCUGUUCAGUUGUCACAGUAGCUGAACAAAAAUAUAGAUCAACCUUAUGGGACAAGUCAAAGAAACUAGCAGAACAGGCUGCAGCUAUAGUCUGUCUUAGGACUCUGGGUCUCCCAGAGGGGAAGCUUAACGAGGGAGAAAACCAUCUGAUUAACAAACGCAAGAGAGAGAACCAGAAGUUCCUGAACAACAAAGAACAUGAAGAUGACCUACUUGUUGAGACUUCACAUAAAAGAGCUCAUUUUACUGAGGGAGCUUCUGACUCCAGCUCUUCUGAGGUGCCACUAUAGCAUGAAAAGCAAACAUUCCACAACUGUGCAGCUGCCAAUUCACUCGCUUUUUCUUUUAUAUCCUGCUAUUAUAUUUCAUCUAGACUCUAUCAGUCGGAGACAGGUAAACUGUACUGUACUGGGUAAAUGUUUUUUGCUUUGGUGCCUUUCAGACAGAAUAAAUUAGCAGCCUAGGUUUUAAAUAAGAAUGAGAAGAUGAUCCCAAAAAUAAAUUCUGUUUCAAUAGCAAACUAUUUUCAGUUUAGCGUUUGAAGUGUUGAGGUUUUUGUUUAAUAUAUUUUAUAUGUAGAAAAAAGAGUUUUAAAUGCACACAAGAGAGGUUCUUAAUAGAUUGUUUCCAACUGUUGGAGUUUUGGUGUAGUUUCCAUUAACAGGGAUAAGUAUGUUAGAAGUUGUCAGCUCUUGUCUGAAAAUACCUGUAACAAAGUUAUAGCAGGUUGUGUCAUGAUCCCUAAAGUAUUUUGUAUAAAGAAGAUAUUCAAAACAUAAUUCAUUGUUGAUUAACUAAAUCAAAGUGGCUUCCCUAUUUUAAAAUAAUAUACACCUUGAUUUUAAAUGGAAGUGGCUUUGCUAAACCAUUGUUUUUUUUUAAUGGAACAGCAAUAUCUAACUGGGAUUACGUUUAGAGUUUUUUAAUUAAAAAUAUGUAUGUGCAUAUUUAAAGUGACUGCUACUCAAAUCUCCGAAUUUUUAAUAAAUCCGCAGUUUGCAUUUAA